UGACUGUUACCAAGAAGGACCCCACUGGCCACCUGCAAAUCCAACAAAAGAGAUUUCCCAGUCAACCAUUGCUUUUUCACAUGUGCAACAAAAUUUUCCUGGUGCAAAUCAAUUUAAUCAGUUAGAAGAAGCUAUCUGCAAUACUAGCUGUUUCGUUGAUAACAUUUAUCUGAAUGAAGAGCCUCGGGAUAAUGGAAUGAGAAAUAAUGAAAUGAGGAAUGACUAUCCGCUUACAGCAAACCCGGAAGUUAUGAUGGAACAGAGUACAUUUGUACCUUCAGCUACUCUCCCAACAGAUGAACCAACUAUCAAUAAUGUUCCUUCUCAGGACCCUCUAGAAACUGCUGCAUUUAACAUAAAAGUCUCUAUCUACUAUCACAACAAGAUAGUGCGUGACGAAGCAGAAGUAAAUAGCUGCCUGCUCACCUACAACCAGGAGAACUGCCACCAAUCACACAAUGCACAGGUCAUACAGUUUCCAAAUCCAGACAUGCUGACGGAUCAGAAGCGAGUUGAAAAGACCUUGUUUGUCUUAGAGACUGCACGUUUAUUAUUAUAUCAGAAAAACGGGAGGAUCUGGGCCAAGCGACUUGGAAUGUGUCAGGUCUUCCAUGCGUUCUCCAAGGAGCUGGACAAUCGUUCUCAGGACCCUCCAUGUAAAUUACUGCCAAGGAAUGUUGAAACUGAAAUCUUCAACUAUGAACAGUUCUAUCAAGCUGGUUCCAAAUUUUUGUAAAAAUUCGCAUGAAUUCGUGCAGAGGGAAGGCUGCUCAUCCCUGAACAGCGAAAGUCUGAGCCUCCAAAUCUCCAACAGCCUUUUUGAUAUGAUAGAACAGCUUUCUACUAUAUUCAUGCAGACUGAGACAGCGUAUUGAGUGUUUUGUUUUGUGUGCCAAUUAAUAGGUUUUGCAGAGGGUGAGGCUGGUUCUCUCCAUUUGUUUCACAGGCCGAAGUACUACAAUCUCUAGAUUGCAUCUCAGCCUUGUUAUUAGGGCAGAUGAUCUUCUAAUUGGACUAUUAUUUAUUGAGAUAAUCACACCCUGGGGAUACAGAUACUCUGCCCUGUGAAAUUCUUUCCAAGAACCUAUUGGAAUAUAUAUCUUGCUAUGGGGCAUUAUGACAAGGAUUCUUCUUUGCAGUAAUAAUCGUGGAACAAAGUUGAGGAAAUUCUUUUCAAGAACAUAUUUUUAUGUGAUAAGAAUUUCCAGAUGCUACGGGA